GUUAAGCUCUCCAAUAUGGAAAUUUGGUGGUGGUUAGGUUUAUUCUGUUGUUCGCUACUGUUCAACCAUAGUCACAGUCAAAAUUACGCAGGAUGUGAUAUAACUUACAAUUAUGCCUCCUACUCGGUGGGAUAUAUUCAAUCGCCGAAUUGGAGCAACUACUACAAACCUGGAACGAACUGCCGAUUUACGAUCCAGGCUCCUCCAAGGCACUACCUUUACAUGCAGUGCUACGAUAUGUAUCUCCCAUCCACCUACGGAUGUUACUACGAUAAGCUGCAGGUGUCGUUGACUGGCGAUUCGACUUUGACUGGAUCGCAGAUCUACUGCGGUUCAACUCCGUUCAACGUAGCAUCGAGUGGAAACAAACUGGUGGUGGCACUGCAGACUUCUCCAUAUCUGAGUGGAGGACGCUUCCGGUGUCAGGUCACCGCCAUACCGCGAAAGUGCAACUGUGGAAGCCGCAAGACGCCCCUUAUCGUCGGCGGAGUGUCCACUCAAGCAAACGAGUUUCCCAUGAUGGCUGCCCUUAUUGAGGUAUCGUCCAAGUCUCUCGUGUGUGGGGCUACAAUUAUUACCAACCGGCACGCCCUUACGGCUGCACACUGCAUCUCCGGACGCUCCAUCACGAACAGUGCCCUACUGGUAGGAGACCAGAACAUGAAAACCGGUACGGACACAGCAUUCGCCAAACUUAUGCUAAUUUCCACCUUUACCGUUCAUGGACAAUACAAUGCCAACGCCAAAACCAAUGACAUCGCCUUGAUUCGAACGGUGGACGAAAUCGUCUUCAACGCUGGAGUCAGUCGAGCUUGCCUCCCGUAUAUCUACGCUGGUGCCAGCUUCAAUAACAUCUACCUCGAAGCUCUCGGCUGGGGAACGCUGGACUUUGGUGGUCCUCAGGCGACCGAUCUCCAGAAAGUCAGUCUUCAAGUGAUGGAUCUCACAACUUGUCGAAGUCAGCUAUCCCCACAAAGCUCGGUCCAGGAUACUCAAAUUUGCACCUACACUGCCGGAAAGGACAGCUGCCAGUACGAUUCCGGUGGCCCUCUGCUCUAUACUGACCAAUCCGGAGGUGUCGUGUACGCCAUCGGCGUCACCAACUACGGCAUCACGUGCGCCUCCAAGUAUCCUAGCGUCAGCGCCCGGGUCGCUUCCUAUCUAAGCUGGAUCGAAACUAACACCGGGUACGACUUUUGCGAGAAAGUGUAAUAAAAAUGUACGGUCUGAAACUAUCGAGAAAAAAAAACCCGGCAGAAAUAAAACACGACAACGGAAAUAAAAAGCAUUUGCUGUGUUAAAAGUGCUUUUAAAAAUAA